UUAUAUUGGCACUGUAAUAUCAGUGGCAUUCGCACAAUGGAAGAGCAGGAGGUGAACAAGAUCGAGUGCAUGGAAUUAUUGGAAGUCUCAUCCGAGAAAAAUGGGGCGAAAAUUAUAUUCGCCACUGACGACUUUUUCGGUGUGGCUGAAAAUCUGCUCAAGGAGGAGGAACCUGUGUGGAAGGAGGGCGAGUACACAAGUUUCGGCAAGUGGAUGGACGGAUGGGAGACUCGGAGGAAACGAAAAGCAGGAAACGAUUACGUAAUUAUCGCGUUAGCAGCCGAGACGCAGGUAUCACACGUUUGCGUAGACACCUGUUUCUUCACCGGCAAUUUUCCACCCAAGUUCUCUGUACGCGGUGACAAGUUGUCGGCAGAGGCGUGGUGUCAGAACCGGGACGGUAAACUAGGCGGCGAAGCGUGCGAGGAUGAUUACGAACGCGUCUCUUCUCUUCACUCGGAGAACUGGCCAGUCCUGAUUCCGACGCAGAAACUGGAGGCCGGUUACCCAUAUACACGUAAGAAAUUCUUCAAGGUAUCUGCGAGCAGAAUGUUUACUCAUUUGCGGCUUGACAUCUUCCCGGACGGCGGUGUCGCCAGGUUACGCGUUUACGGAGUGACGAAACAUGUAAUAAAAUCGAUUGCUAAAGUAGACGCAAGUAGCGACGCUUUCGCCGCGGACACGAUAUCAUCAGAGAUCGAUCUGGUCUCCAGAAUAAACGACGGCGGCUGCGUGGACUACAGUAAUGCUCAUUAUGGGCAUCCUAAUAACGUAAUAAAAUCCGGGAAAGCGACGAGCAUGGCCGACGGAUGGGAAACCGCAAGACAUUACGACAGAUCCCUCACUGUUGAAGUUACGGAUGCAGAUCUGCAGAUGCCAGGGUGCGAGUGGGCUGUAUUUAAAUUGGGACACACCGGUGACGUCAAAUUUACCAAGGUUGUAGUCGAUACGGCAUACUUCAAGGGAAAUUCUCCAUACAGCGUGAAAGUGGAGGGAGGCUACGUUUCCGCACCGAAUUCAAUUCCGUCACAGUGGAAAGCUGUCGUGCCUUUUCGAAGAAUUAGUCCCGAUUGCGAGAACGAGUUUUCCGUCGAGAGAGAGUGGGACUACGUGUCUCAUGUAAAAGUGACAAUUACGCCGGACGGUGGUUUAUCGAGGCUACGAAUUUUUGGUAAACUGCGCAAAAUCUAGUCGAACUCGAGCAGCACUCUUUAUUGAUUUCAAUCUCUACGUCCUCGCUUUCUAUCUCGUGUCCUUGUGUCUCCGACAACUGCUUACUUCAUAUUUACUACACCCAACUCUGUUUAUUGUUUGACAUAAAUAUAAGAAACGUUACAGUGAUCGAGUUUAUCGAGAUAAAAACUCAGAAAAGAAGCUACUGAUACUCGUCGCACAAUGACUUUAAGAAUGUCAUUUAAAAAGUAAUCGAAUAAUAAAAUGGCCAGUAAUUUCCUUGGAAUGUGGAAUUAGAAAUGUGAAUUCUAUUUCAUUAACCCUGCAGAUUCCACCAAAUUUGAAGGACCAUAUAAUGAAGAAUCUCAAGAUAUAACAUUAUACACGGGGAAAAUAUUGUAAAAAACUACGUUAAAAUUGUAUUUCUCUUUCCAACUGUUUUUUGUAAAACUGAGUUAUACUAAAAUUGCAGUAUAAACUUCCAGACAACACAAAUCCCAAAAGAGAUGUCUAAAAGAAAUAGAAUGCUUUUUGAACGUCUUUAAUGGGAUGCCAAAAUGGAUGACAAACUCCAAAAAGAUCGAUAAAUUAAAGCCUAUCGUUACUAACACAAGCGCGUUAUUAUUUUCGUACUUCUAUAUAAAUCUAUAAAUGUGUCUAUCUAUAUCUGCUUUAUUUUAUCACGCUAAUAGGAGACAUAACGACGCACAUAUAUAAAAAUCUUUUUCUUUCUGACGCACAUAUAUAAAAACUUUUCUUAUAUUUUUAAGCUCCACUGAGUUGCAAAAACACGUUCUUUGAAGUUUUUGUUAGCGAAACAAACACACACCUGCGGCACGUACAAGCUCUGCAGAACUUUCUGUAUCAAGCAAUAAAUAUUAACGCAAACAGCUCAA